AUGGAUACAAAGAAAGAAACAACCAAUUCAACCAAACGAGCUAUCUUACGAGCUAUCAACCUAUCACCGCCACCUACUCCAACCCUUCAAUAUCUUGACUCUUCUCUCAAGAAGAAUACUGCUUACAUCAAACGGCUCAAGACUGGACUUCAUCUCUCUGACAAUGUACAGGUUUUAAUCAAGGAAACUCAAACUAUCAGUCUUGAUAAAUACCUUUCUGAAAUCUCAGUGGCUGCUAAUGAUGGCUUGUCAAAGUGCAAGAAUGCAAGUGAGAUUUGGGGUGCAGUCGAGGUUAUCUCAGCACUCCAUCGUCGAUUUCCGAUCACUUUCACCCAACCUUUUUUACAACACUUCACUGCCGGGCUUGCUGUUCCUAACAAACAAUACUUGGCCAGUCUAGCCCUCGAUCAACGCGAUCGAGAAGAAUCAGCGCGUAUCUUACGGCAACGCAGUCUGCUACGCUGUUUAGCAGAAUUCGAUCUUGUCGGUCUGAUUCACCCCUCAACUGCGGGUAAAACCAUUUCUGAGGGUGAAACUACCUUCAACACAUUGAAAGAUUUGUUGACAGCCGACAAAGAAGCUCUGGUCAUACCUUUGCCAUUGGCGGUCUCUUUUUCAAAACAGUUUACGACUCUUUACUUUCCCUCAACCGCCCCAUUCGCUACUACCCCUGCAGAGGCAUCAGAAGCUAGAAAGGUGGAAUUUGACGAGGAUAUCAUUGCUAAUUCUGUGAAGGAAAAGUUCGGAAAGCUCUUUCGGCAAUACUUCGAUGCACUUGGUCGGAAAGCGGUCAAAGAUCACAUCAAAUUACGAGAAACGGAGAAGCGCAACACCGAGGCAGCCAUUCGAUCUGGUCAAAUUUUUGAAGACCGCAUUCAAGCCUUUGAAAAACUAUCCAAGGAUCAAGAAAAACUUUGGACAGGGAUUCAAAGUCUUUCUGAGACUCUGUCUUUGACUCCACCUACUUUGCCCGAAGCUAGUGCUAGUAGUCCUACGAAUGCAAUUACAGGUACAGGUCCCUCUGCGUUCGGUGGAGUCUCUGACUUGGGAAUUUGGGCGGACGAAGAGGAGAAAAAGUUUUACGAAGAAUUGAUUGAUUUGCGUGAUGAGGUCCCGGUGAUGCUACUCGGACUCGAUGCACCGGAAAAGAAAGCGGAGACUAGUGAUCCGGUGGAGGCUGAGAAGGAUGAGCAGGCAAAACUCGAAGAGGAAAUGGAGAAACUCGCUGUAAAAGACCUGUCGUUGGGAUCAGAUGAUCCAUUAGACCACCCAGAAGACGAUGAGCAGGAAGAAAUCAAUCAAAAUGCUUCUGCUGGACCCGUGCCUCCGCUUACUGGAGAGGCACUGGCAUCCGGACCCGCGGCUAGAUUGACAGCUCUGUUCACCAGACUCGAUGAUGUCUAUGGCGCGGAGGCCAUCGAUCGAAUAACUGUCGAAUUCGCGUAUCUCAACUCUAAAGCUGCUCGCAAUCGCCUGAUCAAACACUUUCUCAGUGUCAACAAAAACCGAAUGGACCUACUGCCGUAUUUCGCUCGAAUGACCGCGACUUUGUCCAAAUAUAUGCCCGACAUGCUCGCAGGCCUCCUAUCCGGUCUCAAACAUCAGCUUGAAGACGAAUUCAGAUACUUGCAGCGAAAGAAAUCGGCCAGCCAAGACUUCUAUGCCCUUCGAAGCAAAAAUAUUCGUUACAUAUCCGAACUCACCAAGUUUAACCUCACUCCGUCACAUUCCAUUCUACAUUGCAUCAAAGUUUGUGUGGAUGAAUUGACAGGUCCGAAUAUUGAAAACCUGUGUAACUUACUCGAAGGUUGCGGUCGGUGGGUAUUGAGGAAUGAGCGCACUCGCGACAAGAUGACACAAUUGUUGGAACAAAUGAAGCGAAAGAAAGCUAGUCAGAAUAUGGACUCUAGGCAGGUCAUGAUGCUUGAAAAUGCGUAUUAUCAGGCAGUGGAGUGUAAUCCACCCGAUAGGCCGGUCAUCGAGCCCAAGAUCAGGACACCAAUGGAGCUGUUUAUGCGAUAUCAGCUCUAUGACUGCUUGAACAAAAAGUCAGUUGACAAGGUAAUCAAAAUCUUGAGGAAGCUUCAUUGGGAUACACCAGAGGUACCCAAAAUACUGAAAAGUAUCUUGACAAAGGUAUGGAAGAUCAAAUACGGAAACAUUUACCUCUUCGCAAUUGUGGUACACGAUCUCUCAAAGUACCACAGUGACUUCACGGUCUCGAUUAUUGACCAAGUGUUGGAGAACGUCAGAUUCGGGAUGGAGUUGAAUCUUUUCAAAGAUAAUCAACAAAGGAUCGCAUCAAUCAAAUAUUUGGGUGAAUUGUAUAACUACCGUGUGGUAGACUCCAAAGUGAUUUUCGAUACUCUGUGGUCGUUUGUUACCUUUGGCCACCCCGACGGAAGACCUUCACCUGAGAUGAUUUGUCCAAUCGAUGGACCUGACGAUUUCUUCAGGGUGCGAUUGAUAUGCACCCUCCUUCACACCUGUGGACACUGUUUUGAUCGGGGUAGUCUAAAGAAACGACUGAAUAACUUCUUGACAUUCUUCAUUAUGUAUCUGAGGUGCAAAGAGACGCCGCCGAUGGAUGUGGAUUUUCUACUUCAAGACACCAUAGAGGAAUUACAACCGAAACUCAACAUCUAUCUUGGUUUUGAACAAGCGGUGAAAGCGGUCGAAGAAAUGUAUGCAGCCACUAGCCAAGGUGGGGCAACUGAAGAAGAUAAAGCUGACGACGAUGAGAUGGGUGAUGAAGACGAAACUCGUGAUAGAGCAGAGCCUGGUGACGGAGGAGAUGAUGACUUGAAUGACGAUGCGAAUGACGGUGACACCGUGGUCGAUGGGGGUGAAGGCCCUGAUGGUGAGGAGGAUUUACCGCGCAAUACAGUAUCAAAUGCCAUCAGUAAAGAAGAAGAAGAAGAGUUUGCGCGUGAAUUAGCCAAGAUGAUCGCGGAGACAGGGGGUGGUGGAACUCAGACCGGUGCUGGUGGUGCGAACGAGGCUGCUCGUAAAAAUGAGAGAAACCCGACUAGCUCAAGCUUGUUUUCAGAUCAGGGCUUACCAGUAUUGAAAAACAUCUUCAAACCUGGUGGUAGUGGGGCUUUGGCUUUAGCGGAAGGUGAUAGAGAAAAUGAAGGGGAUAAGAUGACAUUCGCUUUGUUGACUAAGAAAGGAAACAAACAGCAGUUGAAGCCGAUGCAGAUCCCAUCAACAGCUCCAAUUGCAAUCCAUACACGGAAUCAGCAAUUGCAUGACCAGGUGGAGCAUCAACACCUGAAGAGGCUGGUCUUAGACUACGAGCAGAGGGAGGAGGCUGCUGAGCGAAAGAACAUGCAAGCCGACCUGGCACGUCGAGGUAUCAACUUGAAGUUUGUUAACGACUAA